CCAUCCUUCUCUCUCUCUCUCUCUCUCUCUCUCUCUCUCUCUCUCUCACAAAAUCUCAUCUUUUUCCUCUGCUCCUUCCCCACAAAGGCAAAAGACUAAUCCACUGCUGCUUCUCUUUCUAUGAUCCUUCCCUUUGAUGCUUAUCACCUUGCAAAGAAACUCCCUUUUUUGGAGUCUCAUACUCUUUGAUUGGAGGAAAAAGGAGCUUCUUUUGGGUGUUUUAGAAGGUGUAGAUGAAGCUGUGUAGGAUUUGGUUUGGUCUUAAGGUCUAUGAUUGGAGGUUGCUGGGUUCUUGUGUAUAAAUUUAGGGUUUUGACGAAGGAAAAAAGGAUUUUUUUUGUUUAUUACUUAGUUCUCAGUGGUUUGCAGAUAUAGCUUCCCUGUCUUUUUCAAUGGGGAGUGAUGUUGCUGAAGUUGCUCAAGCCACAGGAAAUUCUUCUUCUGUUGUGAAGGCACACGCUUCAAUGUGCUUGGAGCUAAGAAAAAUUUUGGACACAAUUAAUCUUGUCCUUCCGGCAAUAGAAUCGGCUCAACCAGGAUGCAGGUCUGGGAUCCAAGAGUUAUGUUCUCUAAACAAUGCGGUUGAGAAAGCUAAACUACUCCUGCAGCACUGUGCCGAAACCAGCAAGCUCUACUUGGCAAUAACUGGUGAAGCUACCUUAUUAAGGUGUGAGCGCAUAAGGAAUGUACUGAUUCAAAGUUUAAUUCAGAUUCAGAAUAUGGUUCCUGAAUUAUUAGCUGCUGAGCUUGCUGAAAUUAUCAACUAUCUUGGAGAUGCAAAGUUUUUUAUUGAUCCCCUGGAGGAAGAGGCCGGGAAGGUUAUGCUAGAAUUGCUUCAGCAGACGGAUGCAACUGCAGAAACAGAAUUGAAAGCCUUACAAGUUGCCGCUUUGAAUUUGAAAAUUACUUCUCCUAAAUCUGUUUUGAUAGAAAGAAGAUCCCUCAAGAAACUUCUUGAUAAAAUACGUGCUACCGAGCCUAAAAAGGAAGGAGUUCUGCUAUUUUUUCUCUAUCUUUUAAAGAAAUAUGGAAACAAACUAAGCAUUGAUGUUGUUGAGCAACAAGAGAGUGGCAUUCCACAGAGUGAAGUUUCAGUAUGUAGCACAAAACCUAAACACUAUGCUGAGAAGAAAGAACACAGAAAGGAACUUGCUACAGAUAGCAAUGCUGAUAGAGGUCCGUCUAGUGCUGAUACACCUCCUGAAGAGUUCAUUUGUCCAAUUUCAUCCAAGUUAAUGUUCGAUCCUGUGGUCAUAGAUUCUGGGCAAACAUAUGAAAGAGUUUGGAUUGAGAAGUGGUUUAACGAGGGAAAUGAUACAUGCCCAAAGACGAAGAAAAAGUUGGUGAACCGCUCAUUCGUUCCAAAUUCUUGCAUGAAGGAUCUUAUCUCUAAUUGGUGCAGGAAGCACGGCGUUGAUAUUAAGGACCCAAGCUUGGAAGCUAAUCCUACAAUAACCAUUCCUCAGGAACCUUCGCAUUAUGAUUCCAUAACGAGUCUGAGGAAUGUGUCCACGCUGCUGUUAGAUGGUAAACCAGGAUAUUACAUGCUACAAAGUGAUCAUAGCAAUGUUUCAUUCAUCUCCUCUGACUCAGGCUGUUUCUCAGAUUCAUCCCGUGUUAAGGUUGCUGAUAGCUUUAGCAAUAGCUAUGCUCAUAAAUUUCCUUGGAGCAAAGACUAUCAAAACUUUGGAUCUUUUUUGAACUUUGACCAAGAUAUGUAUAGGAAGUUCUUCAGAAAACUUUCAGAGCUUCCUCUUGAAUCCCAGGAGAAUGCAGUGGGUGACUUGACUCUCCUUCUGGAUACUGAGGGAGAAACCUGCCUUGUUAUGUUCCAUAAUGGUUUUCCUGAAGCACUGAUGAGUUUUAUGAAGCAUUCAUAUGAUCUCUCAGAUAUACAAGCACAACGAGCAGGAGCUCAGAUUCUUCUUGCUGUUCUAACUAAAUGGAGCAUUGAAGUGCCAUCUUUAGUUGAAGAUACAUUUCACCUGUUGAUGAUGUUUCUUGAUUCCUAUAUAAUCAAAGAAGCUUUGAUGAUCAUGAGAACUCUGUCAUGCCACCCAACGUAUGUGCCAAACAUUGUGGCUUUGGGCAUUCUUCCAUCAGUCAUAUGUGUCCUGGAUUGUGAAGACAGUGAGAUUAGAGAACUGGCAAUAAAGAUCAUAUGUGAUCUCUCAUCUCACAAUGAUGCCAAGCCCCAUUUGCUAUCUAGUCGGUGUAUAUCAAAACUAGUUCCCCUCAUGAGUGAAGCAAGAUUUGCUGGAAUUUGCAUAGAAAUUCUGUGCAAUCUGAGUGACACUGGAGAGGCUGCGUUGAUGAUUGCCGAAACAAAUGGAUGCAUUGGAUCUAUUGUUGAGCUGCUCGAUAUUGGCGAUCGCAAGGAGCAGGAACAUGCCGUGAUUAUCCUGCACUCUUUGUGCCUCCACAGUUUUGACUAUCGCCUUAAAGUCAUGAAUGAAGGUGUUAUUCCAGCUCUUUGUGAAAUUUCUCUGAACGGAACGCCCAAGGGAAAAGAGCUCUCUAUGAAGUUGCUACUUGUCCUCAGAGAGCUCAGGGACAAUGACUGUUUUGCUCAUUCAGACUCACACUCCAGCCAUAGCUCUGAAUCAUCAGAGAGUGCCACAGAUCACUCUACAAAGAGAAUCACAGAAAUCUCUAACAAAAGGCAGUCAACUCCAAAGGCCACCUCUAGUUUUUUCAAAAAGAAAUUAGGGUUCUUCUCAAAGCCAAAGGCAGUGGCUCUCUCUUGAUUAUCUCCUGCUUUGCUGAAGGUAUGAUAUGAUACCCCUGUAAAAAUUCCUCAAACCUGACCACUUAGUUUAGAUAGGAGUAACCUAACUGUAUCAAGCAAAUGCAAUUUUUUUGCAAUAUAGUUAAGCUCUUACCAAGUAUUUAAAGGAUUUUCUCAUACUAAUGUGAAUUUUGCUUGUUUGUAUCUAUAACAGAAAGUGUAGAACAAUGUUAUUGUGGUUUCUUGUCAGAAAAAUUUCAAUGAUCUUUGUCAGUCA